CGGAUGAACCGAGCAAUGUACUCCUUUGGCUAUAUCAGUAAGUGUGGUACAACCCCUGUUUGGACUUACAAGUUUGUCAAAUAAGACACCGUCGAUCAUGGAAAUCUCAUCAACGAUCAGAAUCUUGACCUCUUUCCACCUAUCGGCAGCAGUGAUCUUUUUCUCCGAGCGAGGUACGCGUUUGAGGUAUUCCUCAUUCUUCACCUUCUUGUCGAUGAAAAAUAUCUUCUCAGCUAGUUGUCUCGCAUCUUCCUUCCCUAGGCCAAUCCCAGCCCACGAGUGCAAGGUACACCCAUCUAUGUUUAUAGAAGCAAUCCCUGUCGCAGCUGUAAUGGCCAGACGUAAGUCAGGCGGCUCCGUUUCAUCAUCCCAGUCGUCUGCGUCCAGAGGGUCUCUCCGAAAUUCGUCGCGAAAGUACUCAAUGAUUGCUCGUAGAAGGACGGACUUUCCAGUUCCAGCGGAGCCUGUGAAGAAGAUGCUCUUUCCCGACUUUACAUAUCCAAGGACUGCACGCUGUUCUGCAGACAGCUCAAUUCCUGGGGAGCGCUCGGAUGCAAGCUCAGUAGGGUCCUCUGUUACUGGCUGAGUCGAAGUCUCCGUCGUGGGUUCGUCGUUGACGAGGAACUCGAUGAUAUUGUCCGGCAUUCCUACCUCGUUCCAAAUCGCUUCAUCCGAGUCCGAGUCAACCAUCGUCGCGAUCAGGAACUCUACCCGUAUGUAGGUAGCUACUAUGUAGUUAGUAUCGUGUCGUAGACUCACUAGUUACGGCUUGUCGAGUACUACGCCGCUAGUGUGUUGUGAAGUUGGGAAUUGAAUCAUGUGUCCACUGUUUGAGUGUUUGAAGGAAGCGCGAGGUACGAGCGCUUCA